AUGCUAUCUGCACUGCUCUUCAAUUUAAAAUUGCUUCACAACUUAUUCUUCAACAGCGAGCUGAGAACGGUGGCAGCCAACAUCAACAGAGCGUUUUACUUCAACUUGGACGGUUCGAUUAUACACGGCUACUCCCACAAUGAAUAUGUGAGCGCUUUUCUUGCGAUUUCAUCCGGUUUGCAAGCACGUUUUGAAAAGUUGGAUAUCAUAGAUGACCAUGAAAUUUACGCAAUGUUCCAAUCCGUAUGUGACAACGCACCAGCGGAUUCGUACUAUAACCCGCGGUAUUUGAAGCAGUUCGCCAAUGAUGUAAAGCUUUCUAUUGAGAAAGAACGCAAGCUGAGGGUGCGUAGUAAACGUUAUCAGGCAGCAAGGCUUGUAGGUGGCAAGCUUCGCAGUGUAACGUGUUUUGACAGUGAAAAAGCCGCAAAAAUUGUUGUGAACCUGAUAUUAGAGAUAACAAACCAUGAUUAUGAUGACUAUAUGACAAUUUUUAGCUAUGAUUUUCGAAGCAAAUGCAAAUGUGAAUCUGGGAAUGAUAAGGCGACAGAGACGGUACGCUUGCUGUUCGCAACUUUAAAAGGAAGAUAUUUUUCGUUAGGUCGCACUGAUUCGUGCUGUUGCAGGUUGGCACGUCUUACUCGCACUGCAUUGCAAAAACCUACCAAGGAAAGCAGCACAAACAGUAAUAUGCCCAUGCUUAGCCGUAUUCGAAGAGCAUUACGAGAUAAGUUUGGAAAAAAGAACCGCCUGAUUGAACCUAACGAAUAUUGUAAGCCGCAAUGCGCCGGUAAAAUGAGCAAGUAUCUAAAACAGGUUAUGUAUUUUGCCGUUGAUCCUAAUUACGAAGCUUUUAGACAGCCAGACAGUCUCAUUACAACCCUAAAUGAAUACGCACAUUUUAACCAAAGCCCAAACAACGUAAUAAUAAUUAACAUCGACCUGAACGAUUUGAUAAUGCAAGGGCUCAUGCAGCUUAAUUCCACGAAAAAUUUCUCAAGGAAUAGUUUUUUGUCCAUUGCCUUUUUAAAUGAUACUUGUCACGGCGAAGCAAGCCUACUAUUCCGUAAUUUUCUGCUUUUUGUCGAACAGCUGGUCAAUUAUCACCGGCAAAGCAACUAUUUUAUCUUAGUUUUGAAAGAGUUUUGUGCACCGGAGCAGAUCAACUCGUCUAAUGCAAUUGGCAAAUACCACACUGCCAGUCAGCUCAAAGACAUUUAUAAAUCACUGAAACAAAAGAUCAAGGCCCUGUGCAACGCAAAGCCAAAGAUGAGCAAUGUGCUGUUCUUCAAUUACAAAGAUUUUAACUAUGAACAAGCAUUGAGCCAGAUUUGUAGAAGUAGCAGAUUUUUUGUAAAGAACAAGUGUGGCGAUACCUGUAUUUGUGACUGA